AUGGUGUGUAAUGAAAGUAAUAAAUUAAUUGGGUGUAUUUUUCAGCAUUUACCGUUGAUACAAUGUAGUACAAUAGUGCGCUGUCGUGCGUGUCGCACUUAUAUAAAUCCUUAUUUCCCGAAGAAUUCCAAUUUGAUCCAGUAUCAAAAUCAUUUGGCGAUCCGACAAGAAGACCAGAACGAAGAAUUAUCAAAAUUACCGGGUGACAGUCGUAUGCAAGUUGGAUUUCUGGCUAUUGAUUCAGCUGUACAUUUCUUCAGCAUGCCUGACAAUGUAUCUCAGCCGCAUGAAUUGAUAAUGCUUGACGUUGAUGAUGUUUUCUUACCGUGUCCAGACAAUUUAAUUGUUAAUUUAAAAGAACGGGAAGAAUUAGUGCGUGAUUUAUUAACUCAAUUGCCCACUAAAUUUACUGGAACACUUGAUAAUAAUAAUGCCUUAGGUGCUGGAUUACAAGUUGCUUAUAAAUUGAUGUCUGCUAGUGGUGGACGCGUAAGUGUAUUCCAAACAUGCUUACCAAAUGUUGGACCAGGUUCAUUACAAGCACGAGAAGAUCCAAACGCACGUGCAAACAAGGAUGUACCUUACUUGAAUCCAGCGACUGAUUUCUACAAACGUCUUGCGCUAGAUUGCAGCGCUCAGCAGAUAGCUGUCGAUUUGUUUUUACUCAAUGCUGGCAUAUGUAAGUUUUCUGGUGGUUGCAUAUACCAUUUGCCACUAUUCCGUAACAAUAAACCGCAGUGCAAAGAAACUCUCGAACGUAUGUUGCGUCGUUAUUUAACUCGAAAAAUAGGAUUUGAAGCUGUCAUGAGAAUACGCUGCACACGUGGAUUAAGUAUUCAUACUUUCCAUGGUAAUUUCUUCGUUAGAUCAACAGAUUUAUUGAGUUUGCCAAACGUUAAUCCAGACGCAGGCUUCGGUAUGCAAGUCGCUAUCGAAGAAAAUUUAUGUGAUGUACAGACUGUAUGUUUCCAAGCUGCUUUACUUUAUACAUCCAGCAAAGGUGAAAGACGCAUCAGAGUGCAUACACUGUGUUUGCCAGUUUCAGCAGAUCUGACAGAUAUUUUAUCACAGCAGACUUCAUUAUCCGACGCACGUGAUGCAUUAAUAAAUGUUGCCAUAGACGCGUUGUCGGCAUAUAAAGUAGCACAGCCAUCAAGUACUGGUGGUUUAAUGGCACCACUUAAUUUAAAACUAUUACCUCUUUACAUCGUAGCCUUAAUGAAAAGCGUUGCCUUCAGAACCGGCACAAGUACUCGAUUAGACGAUCGUAUGUUUGCAAUGUGCCAAAUGAAGUCGUUACCACUGUCACAGUUGAUGUUGAUGGUUUAUCCAGACUUAUAUCCGAUUCAUAACUUAGAUGAUCAAAAUGGAAAAGAGAUUGAUGGCAGAUUGUGCCCUCAACCCCAGCGCUUACAUUUAACCGCUGAGAAACUUGAUUUCCGCGGUGCAUUUUUAUUAGAUGCUGGUGAUAAAAUUUAUAUUUAUAUCGGGAAAAAUAUUGAUUCACUCUUUUGUACUAAUGUAUUGGGUGUAUCCUGUUACUCAGCCAUUCCUGAAGAAAUGUACGAUUUACCAGAAUUAAACACUGUGGAAAAUGAACGGCUAAGGUUAUUCUUAUUCAGUUUACAAGAAGAAAAACCAUAUUAUGCAACUGUACAAAUAAUACGGUUCGAACGAUUUGGACUAUAUUAA